AUGUCAGCAGCAACAACAACUCAAAUGAUUUAUGAUCAUAAGUUAUUAAAUGUCUUUGUGAUGCCAACAUUUAUGAGAAUUGAUAAUACGACUCGUUUACAACGCAUACCGCAAAGUGAUGAUAAUUUAAUUCAAUCAGUUCAAAUUAAUUCCAAUUUCACAAUAGAAAAUUUACUUCAAACUAUCAUAUCAAAAGAUGAUAUCGUUCAAUUAGAACGAGAGUAUAAUACAUUAUUGAUGAUUGAUGGUGAAUUAAUCUCUUCUUCAAACACUAAUAUCAUGCGUUCUCUUGAAAAAGUUAGUGGAACAACUACUACAGUAUAUAUUUUAUUUGUACCAACUGAACAAAAUUUAAAAAUUAUUCAUAGUCCAAUAACAGAAGUUUUUAUUCAUUUUGUUCAAAAACAAGAAAAAAUAAAAAAGUGUACACCUCGUUUUGUUACAAUAAAAAGUACAAAAUUUGAUGAUAAUAUUCAAUCAAUUAAAGAAUAUAUUAUUGAUCAAUUACAUUUAAAUAAUAUAACAAAUAUUAAUAAUUGUUCAUUAAUCUGUUGUGGACAUGAAUUACAAAAUCAUGAAACAUUAAAUGAUAAAUUAAAAUAUUUUCCAUUAACUUCAAUAUUAACAUUUAUUUCUAAUUCAACUAUUGAUAAUUUAUCUGAUGAUGAUAAAAUACUUGAUAGUCAAAGAAAUAAAUUUUAUGAUUUUUAUGCAAUUUUAUUAUCUAUUCGUUUUCUAUUAUUACAUUUAAUAUUUCAUAAUAAAAAAUAUGAUAAAAAUUUUGAACGAUUUUUUCGCUAUUGUGAUCGUGAUAGAUCAUUAACAUUAGAAAAACGAGAAAUUGAUAUUGGUUUAUUAACAUUAUGUAAACUUUUUAAUAUUAAAGAAUCAAAAUUAUGGACUAAAGAUAAAGGAUUAAAUCAUGAUCAUUUAAGUUAUUCUGAUAUAAUACCAACUAUUCCAUAUAAACAAUAUGAUUUAAAUGAUUUUAAACAUAUAUUUAUUGAUAUUUUAGUUGAAUAUAUACGUCGAACAAAAUUUCAUUUAUUUUAUAAUAAAUCAUUUUCAAUUCAACAUAUAUAUAAUGAACAUUUUUUAAUAAUACUUGAUAAAAUGUUAAAUGAAUCAAUGGAAAUACAUUCAAAACAAAUUGUAGAAGAUAUAUCAUUAAUGCAUUUUAUUUGUGAAACAUUAAAAUUUAUUUUAUUAAUUAUUGGAUUUCCUAUUAAAGUUAUACUUGAAAGUUUUCAUUUUAUAACAAAAAAAUUUUCUUAUACAAAAAUAUGCCGCUAUCUAUUGUAUGUAUUUACUAUUCUUAUUCUAUUUCCAUUAUCAUUAUUUGCCUAUGUACCAUUUAUAAAUGUUGGUAUAUAUCAUUAUCUUUCAAUUAAAUAUCCAAAAGAAUUAUUUGAAAUAUUAUUUCAAACAUAUUGGCCAGUAUUUUUAUUAAUCUAUUUUAUAUUAAUAUUUUCAACAGAAUUUAUUGAUAAAACAUUUAUUAGAAAAAAACAUUUAAAAUUAGUUCAAUUAACAUAUGAACAAAGUGAAAUUGAAAUUAUGGAAACAUUAGCAGAUGUUAUUGAAACACAACAAGAUGAAUAUGAAAAAAAACAAAAACAUAAACGACUUAAAUGUUUAACAGGUGAUAAUGAUAAAGAUAAAGAUGAAAAUGUUCAUUUUUUAACACGAAAAAAUAUGUAUUCAUCAAGAACACAACUUACAAAACAGAUAGGAUCUUAUAAUAAAAUGACAUUUGUUCAAUUAAUCAUUAUUGGUAUUAUUGUUAUUUUAUUUAUUGUUACGGGUAAUUCACUUAUUCCAUUAAUUAAUUGGAAUUCAAAUGAAACAGCAAUUAAAUUUCAUUAUCAUUAUCAUCGACAUCAUCAAACACAUCAAAAACAUAAUUCUGUUGAUCGUUUAGUUAAAGUAAUUGAAAAUACAUUUAUUAUUUCAAAUUAUCUUGUUUAUACAUUAUUUCUUGGAACUCUAUUCACAAGUCUUUCAAUCUAUGGAUCAUUAGCUCGUAAAUUAAAAAAUUUAAUGACAUGUAUUGAUACAAAUGAACAUUUUUUAGAAAUGGAUUCACCAUUUUAUUUUGAUAUAACAAAAUCAAAUAGUUUAGAAUAUGUAUUAGCAUUUAUUAGAAAUCAAACAUUAAAAGUUGAUAAAAAUAAAAUUUAUAUUGCAACAAUUGGUUUUGCAUUAAUAAUUGAUUUUGGUUUAGCAUUAAUGGGAUUAAUAAGACUAUUUUUACAUAAAGAUAAAUUAGGUAAUUUAUUUACAAUAUUUUUACUCUAUAAUAUUAUUAUUUUAUCAAUAUUUAUUAUCAUAUUUUUAGCAAUUGUUAUUUAUAUUAAUAAAAUACUAACAGAUGAUUUUUUACAAUUAUUAAGAGAUAAACAAAAAUUAAUAACACAAUUAUUAAUACAUUAUGAAAAAGAUCUAGAAAAUUUGAAUAAAAAUAGUGAUGAUCAACUUACAAGAAAAAUGACAUCAAAAAUAAAUGAUUUAAAAAUUAAUCAUAAUUAUUUAACAAAUACAAUUAUUUAUUGUACAAAUUCUAGAAAAAUACAAUCAAUACGAUUAUUUGGAUUUUUUAUUGUCGAUACACCUCUAUUAUUAAAAGUUCUAGCAUUUAUAGCAACUGGUAUCGGUGCAGUUUUAAGAAAGAAACUUACACAAUUAAAAAUCUAA